AUGACAUGUUUACAGCCAGCCAUGGAGAGCUUGGAAGACACAUCAAAGCUCCAGUCGCGGCUGUCGUCCUUGUCAUUCUCGUCCUUUCCUGGUAUAACUUCCAAACAUUGUGACAGCGCCCCAUCGGACAGGCUCCAAAGCACAGACCUCUCCACGAACUUGAGCCCGUCCCCAAAGCAAGCUAAUAUGGAUGCAUCUGGGCAGCGCGAAGAGGUAGCUUGACGAGCUAAUGAGGAGGUCCCUGCUGAGCAGGCCUCAGGGGAUCAGGGUGAGAAGAACAACGCCGAGAGCCCUCCGCUCUCCGCUGAGAGUAAAGGUCUGUCGGAGACGCCCCCGCUGAAACCUCCUUCAACAUGGACGUCCGCCGCCCUCAAAGAGCUCAAGGCCAAGCUACGAACGGAGAAAGACAGCAUGGUGACGGUGUAUCGGGGAGACAUCAUGACGGUUCACGUGCCCACCGUGCCGGAAGCCAAGAAGGUGUGCUGGGAGUUCGCCACGGACGGCUACGACAUCGGCUUCGGCAUCUAUUUCGACUGGACUCCCGUCACCAGCCGAGCCAUCACCGUGCACAUCAGCGAAUCGAGUGAUGAUGAAGAUGAAGAGGAGGACCUAGAAGGCCCGGUCACCAAUGGAGACGUGGAGAAAGGCUCCAAAGCGAAAACCAACUCAAACCUGGCGGAGCUCAUCCCGGUAUACCGCCAGGACAGCCAUUUGAGCGUCUACGGCGGCAGCCACGACUUCCCGGGCGACGGCACUUACCUCUUCAAAUUUGACAACUCCUACUCUCUUUGGCGAAACAAAACGCUUUACUACAGAGUUUAUUACAGUGCCUAA